GGCAAGAGAGCGCGGCAGCAGUAGGAACCAUGCAGGGAUGUUGCAGACGGCUGGGUCAAUUCACUUUUGGUUUAAUUACGCAGCCGGCUGCAAGUAGGCUAAGCGGCUGCGGUGGACGAAAGAUAAGCCAGCUGACAUGGAGCCACCGUGAAAGCGUCCUGCAUAGAUUUGAAUCGGCGGCUGGCAUCGUUCGCAUUUACCCUUCAGGCUUUCCAAAAACCAGGAGACAAAUUGUUUGCCACUUUUCCACAGCUGAGGAUCACAAUGUCUCCUAUCAACAGCUCAAAGAUUUGUUGAAAUCAAAGGCCAUCCGGCUUAUUGAUGUUAGAGAAAAAUGGGAAAUUGCAGAGCAUGGAAAAAUUCCUGGCUCAAUCCAUAUUCCAUUGGGGGAAGUUUUGAAAGCUUUACAAAUGGACUCAGAACAUUUCAAAGAGAAAUACGAUCAAGAUAUGCCUUCUAAAUCAGAUCAUGUAAUGUUUUCCUGUCUUGCUGGAGUGAGAAGUAAACAGGCUAUAGCUGUUGCAAAAUCAUUGGGUUUUAGCAGAGUUCAGCAUUUUCCUGGUGGCUACAAGGAAUGGCUGGAGCAUGAAUCUUCAAAGAAGAAAUGAUAUCUAGAAUACACAAACUAGGUAUUCUGAAAAUGAAGAGAGGGUGAUAGCUAAUUCUAUUUAAUAAAGUGCAUCAAGAUAUAAAAGGCAUCUAGGCGUAUUAAGACAUGGCUAUUUUGCCAACAAAGAAAAAAGCUGAGAUACGCUUCAAAUGUUUGGCCUGGUUAACAUGGAAAUUUUUGUUUACAUUUUAAAAAGUAAUUGAAAUAGAUUUAAGAAAUAGACAAUUGAUCAUUGCAAUACAUUUAGUAAUAAAUAAUAUUUAAGUAAUAUAAAGUGGAAUUAAAUUGUAGCUAUUUAUUAAUCAAAAUUUAUAUAGCUGCCCAUCACAUGAGAAACUAUGAGUAUCUUUGGAAAUGAAACAAAAAUGUACUAUAAAAAUGUUAAGCCCUUGGGAAAAUGGCAUUAAAAUGUUUAGCCAGGUAAUAGAAAGGACCUGUAUUUUUUUUCAACUUCAUAUUCAGGAAUUAAGCCUUAGUCCCUCUUGUUGUUCUUGACUUUCAACUAUCUCUAAAUAUUAAAUAUUUGCAGAAAUAUUAUGAAGAAAUUUUAUUUUUGUAUAUGCAGAGGGAAAUGAUUAGAGACAUAUGUAUUGUAUCUGUGAUAAGGCUUCCAUAUGCAACUUUUAAAUUAGGGACACAAUCUAUUUCUACAUGAACAACUUCUGGAAAAUUGCUGAAAGAUUAUAUAACAUGAAAACUUUGGAUUUCCAGUACAAUGCGCUAUAUGCUGAAUGGUAUGAGGACCAUUCUAAUCCCAUGUUAAGAUAAUGAAACUGGUAAAAUUUUGUUAACUCAUUCGAAGUUGGCUCUCCCAACUUCUGGUGUAUGUUUCUCUUCUCAUAGCCAAAGACAAAAAAGGCAAACACAUUACUUGUAACUUGUGAUAAGGCACUCCAGAGAAAUAUUUUAAUUUUUUAAUAAUUUUAAAAAAUGCAUUAUGUGUACUUGUACUGAUGCAGUACUUGUAAGAAUUACUGCUUAUGGUUCUGAAAUAAAAUAGUCAAUGUUAA